AUGCAACUCCCACUUCUUUUCGGCGCCUUGAUUGUCCUGAUCAGGACCGUGGACGCUGCACCACACUUGGGGAGGAAUCAUGCUCGAUCUCACCAGCUACUUCAAGAGUUGCACCGGGCUUUGACAACAUCUUCCACCACAACCACAGCAGAGUCUUCCACCCUCACGGUGAUACCGAGCUACAUGGCGUCUGCUGAGGUAGUUGGCGGUGCCGCGGCCGCUCUGGCGGUAUCAGCAGGAGUAGUGAUCCUGAAUCCACUGAACCCUCUCCUCGGUAUCACGAGACCAACCAGUAUGACCUCAGAGCCAGUGGCUACAACCAGUUCAACUACUGUUGAGCCAUCUAUUUUCCGGUCUGCCACUUCAACAACCACCGUCACGCCUCGUAGCUCAACCCCCAGCAGCUGCCUCUCCGCCACCACGAGUUUGAUCACCCUGACAGAGACAGUCGACAUCACCGUCUCCACCACCGCCCCGGCUGUCACCGUCACCGUCACCCCUCCCUCUUCUUCCCCCUCCUCAACCACCACCUCAACAACAACCUCCACAUCAACCAGCACCAUCACCCUCCGCCGCAUGACUUCUGCCUCUUCCUCUUUCACAACCUCCACCACAACGACUCCCCCAACAACAAAAACAACAACAAUAACAACAACAACAACAACAAGAUCAACCGCCUCCAUCACCACAACAAGAUCACCGGUCCCCUUGACAACACGACCAACCAUCACCACUACCACAUCAACCCGCACACCAACAACCACCAGCACCAGGCCCGCAACCACCAGUGAACAACGCACCUUUUUUAUGUCCUUGUUUUACAAUCCCCCCGCCAGACCGGCAGUUACUAACUCUGUGUCUACGUCAACAACGCUGGAAAUCGUCAAGACGACGACCACGCCGCCGGCGGAGGCCUUGGAGUUUGUGACUGCUACGCCUGUCCCUACGCCCACCAUUGAGGUCGAGGAUCCCGAUUGCACAGAGUCUGCUGGGUUUGCAAAGGGGUUCGGAAAGGAAAGGGGUGGGCGGGCUCGGGGACGGAAGGGGGAUUGGGGGGUGGAUGAGGAGUGA